CUCGGUCCGGUUUCUGUUCUGCGGCGGUUUGAACCGGGAACCUGCACAAACCGGCGGCGGCGGCCUCUUCCCGGAGGAAACACCUGCCGCCUCCACGAAACACCGAACAAAGUGAUCGAAACUCGGGCGGACGCUGGCGGUAGACAUGCGCAGUGUGGACGGGCCGCUGGCUUAGGACCGAACCGGGUGGUUCUGGACGGUUAAACAGAGAGUUAGAGAUCCAACAGCACGAUGUCUGUGAACGAGCUGUACACGAAGUUCACCCGGGUUUGGAUUCCCGACCCAGACGAAGUGUGGAGAGCUGCAGAGAUCACCAGAGACUAUAAGGAAGGAGAACCUGUUCUCCACCUGCAGCUGGAAGAUGAAACGCCCCUGGAGUACCCGGUCGGUCCAAAGUCCAACCCUCUGCCAUUCCUUCGGAACCCCGACAUCCUGGUGGGAGAGAAUGACCUGACGGCUCUGAGCUACCUCCAUGAACCUGCUGUUCUUCACAACCUGCGGGUCCGGUUCCUGGAGUCCAACCACAUCUACACGUACUGCGGAAUCGUGCUGGUCGCCAUCAACCCGUACGAGCAGCUGCAGAUCUACGGCGAGGAGGUGAUCAACGCCUACAGCGGCCAGAACAUGGGCGACAUGGACCCGCACAUCUUCGCUGUGGCCGAGGAGGCGUACAAGCAGAUGGCCAGAGACGAGAGGAACCAGUCCAUCAUCGUGAGCGGAGAGUCGGGAGCAGGAAAGACGGUUUCUGCCAAAUACGCCAUGAGGUUCUUCGCCACGGUGGGCGGGUCGGCCAACGACACCAACGUGGAGGAGAAGGUUCUGGCCUCCAGUCCCAUCAUGGAGGCCAUCGGAAACGCAAAAACGACUCGGAACGACAACAGCAGCCGCUUUGGGAAGUACAUCCAGAUUGGGUUCAGCCGACAUUAUCACAUCAUCGGCGCCAACAUGAGGACGUACCUGCUGGAGAAGUCUCGCGUCGUGUUCCAGGCUGAGGACGAGAGGAACUAUCACAUCUUCUACCAGCUGUGUGCUUCAGCCAGUUUACCAGAGUUCAAGGACCUCAGCCUCACCAGCGCAGAAGAUUUCACCUACACGUCUUUAGGAGAGAACAUCUUCAUUGAGGGCGUGAACGACGCCGAGGACUUCAAGAAGACCAGAGAAGCUUUUACGCUACUCGGUAUAAAGGACAGCAGUCAGAGCAGCAUCUUUAAAGUCAUCGCCUCCAUCCUCCAUCUGGGGAACGUUGAGAUCUGCUCUGAGAGGGACGGAGAGUCCUGCCACAUCUCGAGGAACGACCCUCACCUGCAGAGCUUCUGCCGGCUGCUGGGCGUGGAGCUGCAGCAGAUGGAGCACUGGCUCUGCCACCGCAAGCUGUCCACCACCGCCGAGACUUACGUGAAGAACAUGUCCAGCCGGCAGGCCGCCAACGCCCGCGACGCGCUCGCCAAGCACAUCUACGCUCGCAUGUUCGACUGGAUCGUGGAGCACAUCAACAUGGCGCUGCAGACGUCCUCCAAGCAGCACUCCUUCAUCGGAGUCCUGGACAUCUACGGGUUUGAGACGUUCGAGGUGAACAGCUUCGAGCAGUUCUGCAUCAACUACGCCAACGAGAAGCUGCAGCAGCAGUUCAACUCGCAUGUGUUCAAGCUGGAGCAGGAGGAGUACAUGAAGGAGCAGAUCCCCUGGACUCUGAUCGACUUCUACGACAACCAGCCCUGCAUCGACCUGAUCGAGGCUCGACUCGGCAUCCUGGACCUGCUGGACGAAGAGUGUAAAGUUCCGAAGGGAACGGAUCAGAACUGGGCCCAGAAGCUCUACAAGCAGCACUCCAGCAGCGCCCACUUCCAGAAACCUCGAAUGUCCAACACGUCCUUCAUCAUCAUCCACUUCGCCGACAAGGUGGAGUACCAGUGUGAAGGCUUUCUGGAAAAGAACCGAGACACCGUCUACGAGGAGCAGAUCAACAUCCUGAAGGCCAGCCAGUUCCAGCUCGUCGCAGACCUGUUCCACGAGAAAGACGACGUGUCCUCGUCCAAGUCAUCAAGAGUGAACGUCCGAUCGGCAAAGUCGGUUCCCAAAGUUCCCAACAAGGAGCACAGGAAGACAGUGGGACACCAGUUCCGCAGCUCUCUUCAUCUGCUCAUGGAGACUCUGAACGCAACGACGCCUCACUACGUCCGCUGCAUCAAACCCAACGACGACAAGGAGGCCUUCUCGUUCGAUUCCCGCAGAGCUGUGCAGCAGCUGAGGGCCUGCGGAGUCCUGGAGACGAUCCGGAUCAGCGCCGCCGGGUACCCGUCCAGAACGUGUCCACAGUGGUUUAGAACGUGUCCACAGGGGUUUAGAACACGUCCANCCUGAUCUACUGAUCCUGAUCUAUUGAUCCUGAUACGCUGAACCUAAUUUAUUGAUCGAUGUUCUUCUCUGUGUGUCUGCCAGGAACCGGACAUGUUCCAGUUUGGUAAGACCAAGAUCUUCUUCCGGGCCGGGCAGGUAGCGUACCUGGAGAAGCUGCGAGCCGAUAAGUUCCGCUCAGCCUGCAUCAAGAUCCAGAAGACGGUCCGCGGCUGGCUGUACAGGGUCCGGUACCAAAAGAUCCGUAGGGCUGCCAUCGGCCUGCAGAGAUACGGCCGAGGCUACCUGGCCCGCAGGUAUGCAGAGUUUCUGCGUCUGACUCGAGCUGCCAUCAUCUGUCAGAAACAGUUCAGGAUGGUCAGAGACAGACGAGAGUAUCAGCGAGUCAGACGAGCUGUGAUCACCAUCCAGGCCUACAGCAGGGGCAUGUUCACCAGGAGGGUCUACUGGGAGUUCCUGCUGCACCACAAGGCCAUGAUCAUCCAGAAGAACGUCCGCGGCUGGCUGCAGAGGAGGAAGUUCAGGCGAGCGCGAGACGCCGCCAUCAUCAUCCAGUGUGCCUUCAGACGGAUGAGAGCCAAACGACAGCUGAAGCAGCUGAAGAUAGCAGCUCGGUCUGCCGAACACCUGAAGAAGCUCAACACGGGGAUGGAGAACAAGAUCGUACAGCUGCAGAGGAAGAUGGACGACCAGUCCAAGGAGCUGAGGGCUCAGAACGAGCAGCUGCAGACCGUCAACACCUCUCUGGGCUCCGAGGUGACCAAGCUGCAGAAGGAGCUUCAGGUGAUGCGCAGCCAGCAGGACGGUGGCGGCCGGCUGCAGUCGCUGCAGGAGGAGCUGCAGAGGCUGAAGGAGGAGCUGCAGGAGGCGCACACCCAGAGGAAGAGGCUGGAGGAGGAGCACGGGGCUGAGAAGCUGGGCCUCCAACAGCGGGUGGAGGAGCUGGAGAAAGAAAACUCUCUGCUGAAGAGUGAGAAGGAGGAGAUGAACCGACGGAUUCUUCAGCAGUCAAAGAGCAGCGAAGAGGAGCCCAGCAGUGAGUCUCUGCAGCAAGAGCUGGAUGCAGAACGUCAGCGGUACCAGAACCUGCUCAAAGAGUUCGGCAGACUGGAGCAGAGAUACGACAACCUAAAGGAGGAGGUUUCUCUGUCCAAGUUCCACCCGGGACACCGCAGGAACCCUUCCAACCAGAGCAGCCUGGAAUCCGACUCCAACUACCCGUCCGUAUCCACCUCCGAGGUUGGCGACACCGAGGACUCCAUCCAGCUGGUGGAGGAUAUGGGUGUGGAGAAGGCCGCCAUGGACAUCAGCCUGUUCAUGAAGCUGCAGAAGAGAGUCCGGGAGCUGGAGCAGGAGAGGAAGAGGCUGCAGGGCGCCGCCGACAAGAUGGAGGAGCUCGCCAAGCGCAAGGGCUCCGAGUCCAAGAGUCCGACCUCAGAGCAGCAGGCUGCAGACCUGACGUACAGCAACCUGAAGAGACAAGAGCUGGAAUCUGAGAACAAGAAGCUGAAGAACGACCUGAACGAGCUGAGGAAGACGGUGGCCGAGCGAGUGGCGGCGAACGGCCCGACCAAUCAGCUGCAGGAUGGCCACAACCUGCUGCUGAGUCAGCUGAAAGCAGCCAAUGAGGAGCUGGAUGCUCGCAAAGAGGAGGUUCUGAUCCUGAAGACGCAGUUGGUGAGCGCCGCCGAGCAGCAGGAGAGAGCCGAGCUGACGGAAACCGAUAAAGCUCCUGCAGUGAACCUGAGCUCAGAGCCGCUGGACAAAGACGAAGCUCUCCGAGAGUCCAAGAGGCUGCUGGAGGCUCAGCUGCAGACUCAAGCCAGGCAGCACAGAGACGAGCUGGAGGCUCUCCACACUCAGAUCGAGCUGCUGAAGGACGACAUCGAGAAGAAGCAGGAGAUCCUGAACUACACCAUGUCUCUGUCUCCGGAGGCUCAGGUGGAGUUCAGCGUCCAGCAGGAGAUCACACGACUCACCAACGACAACCUGGACCUCAAGGAGCUCGUGGAGAAGCUGGAGAAGAAUGAGAGGAAGCUGAAGAAGCAGCUCCGGAUCUACAUGAAGAAAGUCCAGGAGCUGGAAGCUGCUCAGGCUGCAGCUCAAAGCAGCAGGUCCAAACCUGAGCUGAGCCGGCAGGUGACCGUUCAGAGGAAAGAGAAGGACUUUGAGGGGAUGUUGGAGUACAACAAGGAGGACGAGGCUCUGCUGCUGAAGACCCUGAUCACAGACAUCAGGCCCAGCUCGGUGUCGGCUACAGUCCCCUGUCUGCCCGCCUACAUCCUCUUCAUGUGCAUCCGCCACGCCGACUACAUCAACGACGACCAGAAGGUGGAGUCUCUGCUCACCUCCACCAUCAACGCCAUCAAGAAGGUGCUCAAGAAGAACAACGAUGACUUCGAGAUGACGUCCUUCUGGUUGGCGAACACCAGCCGCCUGCUUCACUGCCUGAAGCAGUACAGCGGCGAUGAGGCCUUCAUGACUCAGAACACAAGCAAACAGAACGAACACUGUCUGAAGAACUUCGACCUGGCCGAGUACCGGCAGGUGCUGAGCGACUUGUCGAUCCAGAUCUACCAGCAGCUCAUCCGGGUGGCCGAGGGCAUCAUCCAGCCCAUGAUCGUGUCGGCCAUGUUGGAGAGCGAGAGCAUCCCCAGCCUGGCGGGCGUGAAGCCAAUGGGCUACCGGAACCGCUCGUCCAGCAUGGACACGGACGCCGACGGGCCGAGCAGCUACACACUGCAGGCGCUGAUCCGGCAGCUGGGUCAGUUCCACGCCACCAUGAGGGACCACGGCCUCGACCCGGAGAUCACUGGGCAGGUGGUCCGGCAGCUGUUCCACUGCAUCAACGCCGUCACACUCAACAACCUGCUGCUGCGCAAAGACGUCUGCUCCUGGAGCACCGGCAUGCAGCUCAGGUACAACACCAGUCAGAUGGAGGAGUGGCUCCGAGGAAACAACCUGUUUCAGAGUAAAGCUGCAGCCACGCUAGAGCCCAUCAUCCAGGCCGCUCAGCUGCUGCAGGUCAAGAAGAAGACGUCCCAGGACGCCGAGGCCAUCUGCUCGCUGUGCACUGCCCUGACCAUGCAGCAGAUCGUGAAGAUCCUGAACCUGUACACGCCUCUGAACGAGUUCGAGGAGCGAGUCACCGUGUCCUUCAUCAGGAACAUCCAGAGCCGGCUCCAGGAGAGGAACGACCCUCCUCAGCUGCUGGUGGACACCAAGCACACCUUCCCGGUCCUCUUCCCGUACACGCCGUCCGCCCUCAGCCUGGAGACGCUGCACUUCCCGGCAUCGCUCGGCCUCGACUUCCUCGUCAGGGUCUGACGUCUGCUCCGCUUCUGCUCGUUGGUUCUGUCUUCUCGUCUUCCGGACUUCCUGUCGAACACAUGCAGCUCCCGGUGGAGCUCCGAGCAGAACCAGCAGAGGAGCUCGUCCGGUUCUGCUGCUGCUGCUUCAGUCGAUCUGAGUACAAACGGUGCCGAUGGAGGUGAUGAAGCUCAGGGAGAGCACAGAAAGCUCAGGAAGGCACAUCUGCUCGAGAAAAACAAGGUUUACAGAUGUUCUACUCAGAUUGAAACUUCAGCUUGUUCACCAGUUCCUGCUGAAGCUCGUGUUGGCUUCAGACUUCCGUUGAUCAGGAUCAUAGUAAACCUCACAGCUGCCUGGAACAGUCCAGGAACCAGCUGCUCAGUCUGUUUAGAUGAACCAUAGAGCGAACUCUCUGCUUUCAGCUCCUCCACUGAGUGUUUCUUUCCUCUGUCAGUAAACUGAACAUGGGAGGAAACGCUGAUCCACGUUUUUACCGUCUUCUGACACCUUAGAGACAAACAGCUGACGAUCCAGAAAAUAGUCCAAAGGGAAUGUUUUUCUGUGCGGGUCUGCUCGACCUGCUGCAGACGGCGCCGUUCAGACCACAGCAGCUGUGAGUCGGUGCUGAUAGUUCAUUACAGGCUCAGACUGGACUCUGAUGAUCAGCACCGACUCCAGACUCGUAUGUUUCCGUCACAGAAGCAAAACGUUUGCAGCGAAGACAUCAGUUAGCUUCUAGUGUUUCCAUUGGUGUCGGCUUGGUUUUGCAGAAUGAAGAGUUUCUGGUACCAGCAGGUUUCUGGCAGACAGCUGAAGUUCAUCUUCAGCAAAGUGUUGUCAUGUGGACCUCUGGGUCCCUCUGUGGACGCUCAUGGCCAGUUCAGUGAAGGAGCUCCACAGAGCCAACUUCCACAUGACGACAUGGCGGUGCAGAAAUCAGAUACACGUCUGUAAACCUUGUUUUUGUCAGCAGAUCAUGAAGCAGUGGCUCCAACAUGAAGAUGUUUAGAUGACUAAAUGAAGCUGUGGCAGGUUUUAUGUUCCUGAGUUAUUAGACCACAGUUAGAAAAACACUGAUCCAAUGAACGCUGCUCCUUCUCCCUCCUUGUUCCCCACCAGCUCAGACUCUGUGAUUCUGUUUUACUGUUUCUGUCAAAUCCUUUUCUUCUGAUAACUGAAACGCUGAAUAUGCAAACCUUGAUCAGAUGUGUGUCUGUAUGCAGCCAAUGAGGGAUGUGCCAUGACAUGAUGAUGAUUCAUAAUCAUGUUGUCUGUUGUUCAAAGUGCAUUCGUGCAGGAAAGACGUCUCUGUAUGAAGUUUAGCUGAUGCUCAGAUUGCUCUGUAGGAAGCUUCAUGUCUGAUGUCUGAUGGUUCGCUCAUGGUGCCGGAACACCUAAAUGUCACCUGUGUGAAGCACGAAGAGCUCGCUGUGUCUCAGAGGAUGUAUUCUGAAAUUUAAGUCUCGUUUUGUUCAGUAAUUAACCGUUUGAUGCUCUAAUGUGUCCUCACCUUGUCUUUGUCAUCGUGGAGGUAAAAUGAUUGGUUUCAGGCAAACUGAUAAAUAACUGCUGAAGAUUAAAAAAUAUAGAAGUUCUUUGCUCUAAA